AUGCUAAUUCCAACCCUCGUGAUUCUUGGAGGAGCGCAUCUUGCCUUUGCGAAAUGCAAAUGUACCCCAACUGAAGACUGCUGGCCCUCAGUUUCAGCAUGGGAUGCGCUCAAUGCAACCGUCGAUGGAAAACUCAUCCGCAACCACCCUAUUGCCCAGCCAUGCUAUCCAGGCGCGGGCUACAGCGACGAACGUUGUGAGGAAAUCAGCGCCAACUGGUCCACCAACUCAUGGCUGGCACAAUUUCCAACGGGCUACAGCUACCCUACGAUUGAGACUUGUGCUGCGAUCAACGCCACCCUGGGUGAAGGACACUAUCCCCAGUGUGAUCUUGGUAACUACCCAGUCUAUACUGUCAAUGCCACUGGAGCAAAGCACCUUGCAGCCGGAAUCAACUUCGCCAAGGAUCACGACGUUCGGCUUGUGAUUAAAAACACCGGCCAUGACAUUUCUCAACGCUCUCAAGGAUACGGUAGUUUGUCGAUUUGGAUCAAGAGCAUCAAAGACGGACUGCAUUUUCAGCAAACUUACACUCCCUCCGAUGGCUCUUGUCCAUCCAACUACACUGGACGUGCCAUCAAGAUUGGCGGCGGAUAUGUCUGGGACGACGUGUACAAUUUCGCAUACAAACAUGGGAGCAUAGUGGUUGGUGGAGAUGAUCGGACGGUCGGAUGCAUUGGAGGCUACCUCCAAGGCGGAGGCCAUGGUCCUGCAAGCCACCAAUUCGGGCUGGGAGCGGAUCAGGUCCUUGAAUAUGAAGUCGUGCUCGCAUCAGGUGAACUCGUCACUGCCAAUGAAUGUCAGCAUCAAGACCUCUUCGCUGCCCUCCGUGGAGGAGGCGGUGGCACAUUCGGCGUCGUGACCUCGGCGACGGUCAAAGCAUAUCCGGAACUGACGGCACUUGGGCACGAGUUGACAAUUGUCGCGUUCCCAAAUGCAAGCUCCGAGCUGAUUAAUGCCACUGCAGACAUAGUGGCCAGCUAUCCCUCCCUUGUAGAAGCAGGGUACUCGGGUACAGGAGCUCUCACUCACCAGGAUGGAGCCUUGAUUUACGCACAUAAUUUCGUCAACUUACUUAACGACAAUUCCACUGCGGCCAUCAACAAGGCGAAAGACACCAUGACCCAGCAAAUUGUCAACCAAUGGAGUCCAUACAACGGAACACUUUUUGUCAUUCAAUCAUCCUUCAAUACAUUCAAUUCCUUCUUCAAAUGGUACAAUUCUCACCCUCAUAUAUCGGACGGCCAAAACCGGCCCAUGAUGGCAUCGCGAUUCUUUGACAAGACAUCACUGUCCUCCCAACAAAGCAACAUGAAGAAUCUUCUGGAGACCCUCGUAUCAGGUCAAGGUACGCAGACCACGACAGAGUCUGCCACGCUGUUUAAUCUCGUUGCGGGUGGCAAAGUCCUUGAUCCUCAGCCGCUCACUUCGGUCAACCCGGCGUGGAGAAAGACCUAUGUCGUGAUGCAACAGAUCGAUUUCUGGCCUGACAAUGCAGGCUAUGAAGAUAUUGCGCAGGUCAAGGAAGCACUAACCUUGAAGAAGUUGAAAGCAAUGAAAGAACUGGCUCCUGGCAUGGGGACGUACGGAAAUGAAGCCGAUCCAUAUGACCCAGACUGGAGGAAGGAUUGGUGGGGGACUAACUAUGAUUGGCUUGUGUCGGUCAAGAAGAAGUACGACCCAGAAGAUGUGUUCUGGUGUUGGCGAUGCGUUGGAAACGAUGCUUGGGCCGAGGUAACGGGUGGGACAUUGUAUGGACCGUUGUGCCAGGCAACAUGA